AUGCACAUGAGGGGUCUCGCGACCCUUGUGGCAGCUUUGGUAGUCACAGUCGCAGGCGGAGAUGUUUUCGCGAUUCGGCGUCGUGCUACCUCUGCUUCCGCUGCCGCCGAGGCGUUGAAAGUCGAGCCACACGAUGCGUCGUUUGCACCCAAAGUCGACCGAUAUCCAACUAUCAAGGCCUAUAAUCUCUCGGUUCCCAUCGAUCACUUCCAACACGACUCCCGCUACGAGCCACAUGCGGAUGGCUACUUCGACCUGCGGUACUGGCUCGACACAUCCAACUACAAGGAGGGUGGUCCCAUAAUCGUCCUCCAUGGUGGCGAGAUAACCGGUCAGAGAAGUCUGUCGGUCCUCGAUCAUGGCAUCGUCUCCAUGCUGACCAAAGCCACCGACAGUGUUGGUCUCGUCUUGGAGCAUCGCUACUAUGGCACCAGCUUUCCGACUCCAAACGUCACGGUCGAGAAUCUCCGGUUCCUAUCAACCGAGCAGGGCCUUGCCGACAUAGCCUACUUUGCCACGCACGUGGACCUCCCCGGACUUGAGAACUACAACCUCACGGCACCUGACACGCCUUGGAUCAUCUACGGGGGAUCCUACGGCGGAGCCCUGGCGGCAUUUGCUCGGAAGGUGUAUCCAGAUGUGAUCUGGGGUGCCAUCUCGUCUUCGGGCGUAUUGGCUGCCGUUGAUGACUUCUGGCAGUUUUACGAGGCCGCGCGCCACUUUGCACCGGGGGAUUGCUCUCCCACUCAGCAGAAGCUAGUCCAGGUCAUCGACGCCAUGCUAUUCAGCAAAGACGGUCGUGAUUCCGAUGCAAUUAAGCAACUGUUUGGCCUUGACGAGCUAUUGGACGACGAGUUUGCCCAAUUUUUGAGCUACGAGAUUGGACAGCUCGCUCGUGUCAACUGGGAUCCCGACCGGAGCAGUACCACGUUCGCCGACUACUGCACAACCAUCACGUCGGAUACCCUUCUGUUUCAAAACACGACCUACCUUCUCCCCGAGGUGGAGCGCGCCAUUACCCUGGCAGGCUAUCAUAGGGAGGUAGAGGUGCUGUCGACGCGAAUGCUCAACUGGAUCGGCCAUGUUAGAGAGGAGGUCUCGAAGGCCCAUGGGAAUACUUCGCUGCGAGAAGCCGCGUCUGCUCGCUUUUACGAGGGCCGUACGGACUUGAGCGCUGAUUGGUAUCAAAUCUGGACUUAUCAGACAUGCACCGAAUGGGGAUUCUUCAUGACUGGAGAGGGCACCCCUGAAGACCAACUUCCCAUGGUCUCUCGCGCAUAUACGUACGAUUACUCAAGCAUAUUAUGCCGCAAACUUUUCAACAUUACAAGCCCGCCUAAUGUUCAAGCGAUUAACAAGUUUGGUGGCUUCAACUUCAGCUUUCCACGCGUCGCCCUUAUUGACGGCGCUCAAGAUCCCUGGCGCGCUGCCAGCCCACACGCUCUGGGUCUGCCCGGUCGCGUUUCCAACUCGUCAGAGCCGUUCAUUCUCAUCGACCCGGCCGUACACCACUGGGAUAAGAACGGCCUCAAGGCCGACAAGGCGAAGCUCGGGCUACCGCCCAAUCACGUGGUAGAGGUACAGGCGAUGGAGGUUGAUAUUUUGAAAGCGUGGCUGGAGGAGUUUGACACGACGAGACGCAAGAAGCACAAAGAUCGAAACCUGCAUUUGACGUGGAGCUGA